UCGGUUGGUUUCCUGGUUCAUGUUGAGAGAGCACGCAGGAUGUUUAUUAUUAAAGUUUAAACGCCAUUAUAAUUAUGCACAGGCACUUACUAUUAUGCGCACCUUCUGUCGCUGAUACAAAUUCAGAAUCUCUACCAGACCUGUGCAAAAGGUGCAUUUAUUUUUGAUGCGUUGUGUAUACCGGUAGUUCAUGUUGGUUGGGCACGGUUAUUUCUAUUUAUAGAUAUGGACGGGAAUUCCCUUUUCCAAGAAUACCCUAUUUCUAGACUCUAGUCUACGGCGUAGUUUUCUUUCCUUAGUUGGGUUGUUUUUUUUUUAAAAAGGGAGAGAGACUGCUCAUAAAGAAUUUAAUCAACAUGGAUUACACAAAUAGGCGUCAUGACAUUUGCCAAGAGGUUGGUCCAUCACGAAACUACAUACAACCAAGUCAUUUUAGUCAAGGACCUCAAGCCAAACCUUUUAAUUACGGUGAAGAGUAUGACUUUACGCAUAAACGACGGGGUAUAGCCCUUAUAAUCAACAAUGAUACUUUUGAGGAUGGCAAUUUAAUAUAUAGAAAAGGAUCUGAAAAUGAUACGAUCAAGCUAGAAGCAUGUUUUAAUAAACUGGGUUUUGAUACUAGAAUUAUGGUUAAUGUGACCAAGUAUGAAACAGUAAAGUACUUACGACAAGUUGCCAAUGAAAUGACGAAAGAACCUGAUUUUGACUGUUUUGUGUUAGCUAUCAGUUCACAUGGUGAUGUUAUUGAAGGAAAAAACAAUACAGUAAUAAUAAACCAAGAUGUUUUAAACUGCACUGACACGUUUAUUCCUACUUGUGAUGUUCUCAAUAUUUUUUCGGAUGCUAAUUGUCCGGGUUUAAAAGAUAAACCUCGAUUAUGUUUUAUACAGGCAUGUAGAGGUUAUGAUUUGGACCCUGGAAUGAACAUAGGUGGAACAGAUGUGUCAUCCAUGGAAGUGGUUGAUGGUGUCCCUGAAUAUAAUGCAGCAUUCGGGAUUCGAGUUUCUCAAAGAGUUAUUACUAAUCCAUUUCCUUGCAUGAAAGAUUUUAUUGUGAUGUAUGCCACACCUCCAGGAUUUCAUGCAUUUCGAAGACAAAAAGAGGGAUCCUGGUUUAUUACAGCUUUAACUAAUGUGUUGGGAAAUGUGACAGAGAAGAACAGAACUUCUAUAAAUAAGCUGUUAACAAAAGUUGUUUAUCUAGUUGCAUAUAAUUAUCAGUCUAACAGUAAUAUUCCAGAAUAUGAUCGUAAAAAACAAACACCCUGUAUUUACUCUAUGUUAACGAAAUCAAUAUUUCUCAAACCAAAAUAAAAUUUGGAGGUUGACAGAUAGAUUCAUUGAUUAAAUGAUAAUAAUUUACUCGCAUCAUGUUUAUUUCUAAUCAUAUAUGAUAUAUGUAUAUAAAAUCUAAAUCUGUUCUAUUAAACAACAUUUUUUGAGGAAACAAAUCAGCUAAAUCUCAGUUGCACAAAAAUCAAUGUGAGGAUUGUCGGACUGUGAUUCCAUCUGCUAGUGGCUGUGAUGGGGACCUCCAUUGGACAUUUAGGCCCCUUCAAUCCAUGGUGGGCCCGUGUCGCAGUUGACAUCCGAGAAUUUGGUGUAAUCCAAUGUUGUCGCGUCAUACUUCUGACUGGUUUCCGUGUUUCUUUUUUUUUUGUUUAUUUAGCAGUCGGUAACGUUACAGUCUUCGCGGAUAUUACUCUCCAUAUCAAGGUGUCACUGUUAUUUAUCAUCGACCGACUUCAAAUUCGGUUUGAUGUGGUUACAUUCAUAUGUGUGGAAUAAUACUGCCCCAGGGCCCCUACCAUGGUUAAUCUGGCAUUGAUAUUGUUCAAUUGUGGAAUUGUUCAAUGAAAUGUUGAAUAUCUGCUUUAGGGUCUACUUGAAAUAAGUUGGAUGACUACUUCUACUGAAGAUAAUCAACAGAUAUGUAUUUUUGCGGCAAAUACUUUUCUUAUUUCAUACUUCAAAAAACAUGUUAAAUCUUAUCAUUGAUUUAUCCUUGAAUGACAUUUAGAAGUAGAUGUAUGACAUUCACAACAACACAACUUUUUUUAUUACAUGCAACGUUUCAAUUCUCUUAGCCAUACAGGUAUCUUUAUCAAGCAAUGAUCAAUAAUGAAUACAACCAUACAUAUCUAGUACAUUUGUAUCGUAAUAUAGUACAUGUUAUAUUUUGUACUACAAAGAGAUUUAUGUCACAGUAUUGCAUAUAAUUUAUCAUAGCCAUUUAUAACAUUACCGUAUCUAUAUAAAAUAGAUAUGCCAUAAAUUAAAAUUAUUACGAUAUAUGCUUUGGUAUACUACAGUAAGCGUUUCAUUAAUUAUUUGAUAUGGCUAAUUUUAAUCUGUCAAUAUGGCUAAUUUUAAUCAGUUGAUAUGAUUUGUUAAAUUUUAUAUCUGUUUCCUGGAUGUGUAUUUAUUUUGUAAAUAAAUAUUUGUAAAAGAC